GAAUGGCAGAGAUGCAGGGGUUGCUACACAGGCCGGAGCAAGCAGUCGUCUGACUGGAAUCACUCUCCGCAGAGUCACGCAGACCUCCUGGGGACUGUGGAGAAGUGAACGGCGUCAACGGAGGCGUGCCGCCCUCCGUGGAAGCCUUUGAUAAGCUGAUGAACGGCAUGGUGGCCGAGUUUUUGAAGAACAGUAGGAUCCUUGCUGGAGAUGUGGAGACUCAUGCAGAAAUGGUGCACAGCGCUUUCCAGGCCCAGCGGGCUUUCCUUCUGAUGGCUUCUCGGUACCAACAACCUCAAGAGAAUGAUGUGGCUACACUUCUGAAACCAAUAUCUGAAAAGAUUCAGGAAAUCCAGACUUUUAGAGAGAGAAACCGAGGGAGUUCGAUGUUUAAUCACCUCUCAGCUGUCAGUGAAAGCAUCCCUGCUCUCGGGUAGAUAGCGGUGUCCCCCAAACCUGGUCCUUAUGUCAAGGAGAUGAAUGACGCUGCCACCUUUUACACGAACAGGGUCUUAAAGGACUACAAACACAGUGACUUACACCAUGUGGAUUGGGUGAAGUCCUGUUUGAACAUUUGGACUGAGCUUCAAGCAUACAUCAAGGAGCACCACACCACAGGCCUUACUUGGAGCAAAACAGGUCCUGUAGCAUCCACUGCACUGGCACUGUCUGUCCUCUCCCCUGGGCCUGGCCUUCCUCCACCCCCUCCUCCUCUGCCUCCUCCAGGACCACCUCCACUUUUUGAUAAUGAAGGCAGAAAAGAGGGGUCCUCUCCUUCACGCUCAGCUUUAUUUGCUCAGCUCAACCAGGGAGAAGCAAUUACGAAAGGGCUACGGCAUGUCAGAGACGAUCAGAAGACACACAAAAAUCCCAGCCUGAGAUCUCAAGGAGGACAAGCUCGAUCUCCAACCAAAAGUCACUCUCCAGGCUCCACUUCUCCCAAAUCCCAUCCUCCACAGAAACAUACUCCUGUGUUUGAGUUGGAAGGAAAGAAAUGGAGAGUGGAGUACCAAGAGGACAGGAAUGACAUUAUGAUUUCAGACACUGAACUGAAACAAGUGGCUUACAUUUUCGAAUGCAACAAAUCUACUCUACAGAUGAAAGGAAAAAUAAAUUCCAUUACAACUGAUAACUGUAAGAAGUUUGGCCUCGUAUUUGACAAUGUGGUGGGCAUUGUGGAAGUGAUCAAUUCUGAGGACAUUCAGAUUCAGGUAAUGGGGAGAGUGCCAACAAUUUCCAUUAAUAAGACAGAAGGAUGCCACAUAUACCUCCGUGAAGACGCCUUAGACUGUGCGAUUGUGAGCGCCACAUCAUCUGAAAUGAAUAUACUUAUCCCUCAGGAUGGUGAUUAUAGAGAAUUUCCUGUUCCUGAACAGUUCAAAGCAACGUGGGAUGGAUCCAAGUUGGUCACCGAGCCUGCGGAAAUUAUGGCUUAAUCUCCAGAGACCUAAUCUCCUGACCUGCUGGAUCCCCUGUGUUAAACAAAUAAAAA